GGGAUCGCGGCCGGGCCGAGCGGCAGCGCGGGCUGCGGGCGGCGGCGGCUGCAGUCCCAGCGCGCACCGCUGGGUGGUGCCGUCGGCCAAGGCGGCGCCGAGCGGCUGCGGCAGCGGAGGCGGCCGGGGCCGGAGCGGCACAGCCCGAGCAAGCUCAGACCAGAACCAGACCGGCCCAGCCCAGCUCAGCUCAGUUCAGCUCAGACCAGCCCAGCUCAGCCGGGCGGAGGUGGCAGCGGCUGCGGCAGCGAGCGCUGCCCCGUGUCACCCGCUGCCGGCACACCCCGGCUGCGUUCCGGAGCGCCGGCCGGAAUCUGAGAGAGCGAGGGAAGGCGCCCGCCCCGCACUUCGCCGCUCUCCGCCCGCAAUCGCCCGGGACACCCGCCGCGACACCGACACCGACACCGACACCGACACCGGCCGCCGCCGCGCCAUGGCGCUCGCAAGGCAAGUGCUUUGUGUGUGUGCUUUGCUGGGGCUGCCGCUCGCUCGCGCCGAGCCCAUCCGCUACUCCGUAGCCGAGGAGGCGGAAAGCGGCUCCCUGGUGGGCGAGCUGGCCGAGGACGCGGGGCUGACGCCGGCGCAGCUCUCGGCUCGCCGCGCCCGCCUGGUCUCGGAGGACGGCCGCCAGCAUUUUCGCUUGGAGCGCGCCUCCGGCCGCCUCGUCGUGGCGGGGAGGCUGGACCGGGAGCAGCUGUGCGCCCAGGCCGACACCUGCAUGCUCCCCUUCGAGCUGCUGCUCUCCGACCCCCUGCAGUUCUUUCGGGUCGAGGUAGCCUUGGAGGAUAUCAAUGAUCAUUCGCCUGUUUUCCGAGAAGAUCGAGUCAGUUUUAAGAUCCUGGAAAGGAGUGACCCAGGCUCUCGUUUCCCAGUGGAGGUAGCUCGAGACCUCGAUAUUGGGAGGAACACAGUCCAGGAGUACAUAAUCUCCCCCAAGAACGAGUAUUUCAGUGUUUCGUAUGGGACUCGCAGUCCAGGCAAAAAGUAUCUUGAACUUGUAUUGGAAAAGGCACUAGACCGAGAGGAGCAGACAGAGAUGGGUUUCAGUGUUAUUGCCGUGGAUGGGGGCUCGCCACCAAGGAGUGGCACUACCGAAGUGAAAAUUGUAAUUCUAGAUGUAAAUGACAAUGCUCCCAUAUUCACACAGGAGGUGUACGAAGGGCAAAUUUUGGAGAACAUGCCAGAAGGCUCUGUGGUGUUGAGUGUACUGGCAACUGAUCCAGAUGCAGGAGUUAAUGGGGACAUCUCCUAUGAACUCAAUGAAGUCGUUGGUCAGAGAGACUCAUUAUUUGUGAUAGACCCCAAAAGUGGUGAAAUUAAAAUGAAAAAAUCUCUGGACUUUGAGGCAGCACAAACUCAUGAGCUGACUGUGAGGGCUACAGAUGGAGGAGGGCUGUCAGCAAUCUGCAAGGUGUUGGUGGAGGUGGUGGAUGUGAAUGACAAUGCCCCAGAGCUGGUGGUCAGUUCCUUCAGCAGUCCCCUCCCCGAGAACACAGUGCCCGGCACGGUGGUUGCCCUGUUUACAGUCAGGGACCGGGAUUCUGGUGCCAACGGGAAGAUCUCCUGUGCCCUGCAGGAUCAGCUCUUCUUCUCCCUGAGGCCGGCCUACAAGAAUUACUAUGAGCUGGUGACAGUGAGUGCGCUGGACCGCGAGGAGACGCCUCAGCACAUCCUCAGUGUGACGGCAGCAGAUGCGGGCUCGCCUCCUCUCACCGCCACGCACACCUUCACCGUGGACAUCUCCGACGUCAAUGACAAUGCCCCCGUCUUCAACCAGACCUCCUACACCAUGUACGUGCGUGAGAACAACGUGGCCACGGUGUUUGUGGGAGCCGUGAGCGCUGCAGAUGCUGACGUGGGGCUGAAUGCCAAGGUGACCUAUUCCCUGGCAGCAGAGCAAGGGCCAGAGCGGGCCUGGUGCUCCUGCAUCUCGGUGAACUCGGAGAAGGGACACGUGUUUGUGCUGCGGCCCCUGGACUACGAGCGCUUGAGGCAGACCGAGGUGACGGUCAGUGCCUCUGACGCGGGCUCUCCUCCGCUGAGAGCCAACGUCACCGUGCGCCUGGUGGUGCUGGACGAGAACGACAACGCCCCGCUCGUGCUCUACCCGGCCCAGGAGAGCGGCCCGGCCUCCAGCGAGCUGGUGCCCGUGUCGGCCGAGGCGGGCUACCUGAUCAGCAAAGUGGUGGCCGUCGAUGCCGACUCGGGACAGAACUCGUGGCUCUCCUACCACCUGCUCAGGGCCACCGACCCAGGCCUGUUUGCCGUGGGCCUGCAAAGCGGCGAGGUGCGUCUCAGGAGGCCGGUGACAGAGAGAGACAGCGUCAAGCAGAAGCUGGUGGUGCUGGUCAGAGACAACGGCAAGCCCCCGCUGUCAGCCACGGCAGCUCUCAGCGCUCUCCUGCUCAAGGACUUCUCCGACGUGCGCCUGCCGCACAGCAGCCCGGCCAGCGAGGAUCAGGCCGCUGCCUCCCUGACCACCUAUUUAAUCAUUGCCUUGGUCUUUGUCUCCCUCCUCUUCCUCAUCUCCACGGCAGUGCUGCUGGCUCGCAAGGUGUGCAGGAGGAAGGAGCUGAAGGCUGGCCAUGUGCUCUAUGCUGCCGACACCUUGCAGAGCGGCCUGGCCGAUGCGGCCGCUGCAGGGAGCCUGCCCCGCGCCUAUUGCUACGAGAUCAGCCUCACCACGGGCUCGGGCAACAGCGAGUUCAGAUUCCUCAAGCCCAUCCUGCCCAGCCUGCCCCCACAGCACUGCGCCGUGGGCCAGGGCCCCGAUGAGGAACAGGAUUCCCCUGGUGUCCCUGUCAGCAGCGAGGACAUGGCCCCAGACAAUGCUGGCGCUCUCUCUGCAGGACAGUUCAACGCUCUUUCCUUUGACUAGCUGUGGUCUGCACAGACAGUGGCUUCAUGGAUCUUGAGAGGAUGGAAUCCAGGCUGGUGCAUGAGGCAAUGAUUCUUCCUGAUUAUAUUUUUUUUUCUAAUAUGUUUAAACAAUUUUUUGUAAAUUCUAUUUAGAGGCAAUAUCUACCACUCCAAAAAGAAUUAUGAAGUAAAAGAAGCCAAGCUUCUCUCACUUAUUAAGUAAUUGGAUUCAGCUCUGUCACUGCCAUUUCUAACAGGUUUUGAGUGUGUGCUUUCCCCUCACAUCUCUGCUCUUGUUUUUCUUACUGUCUGACAAGACAGAGGAUCCUUUAUUCUGAGCUUUGGACGAUAUCAAAUCAUAUCCUCACUGAAAUGAAAGAGCCCUGUUUUGUGCUUCAGGAAAGCUGGCAAGUUGUAAGUAUUGAGUCACAACAUCAUGUGGGCACUAGGCUCUUUAUCCCUGGAUUUGGGUCGUCUCUUUAUGAAAUGUGAGGUCUGUGUGCUUUCCUUUUUUUUCUACCUGUGUCCAUGCAGACAUUGCAUUUCUACAGAUGCAUCAGUAGUGCUGCCUGGUGAAGCAGGGAUUUGCCCCCACCCAGCCACUGCAACACAAACAAUGCCAGCUCAGGAGGGAAGGAGUUGAUUUGGACCCUUUGACAACAGCAGUCUCAUCUUCCUUAUCUAGCAGAGAGUACAGACACAAAAUGCACAACAAAACCUUCCAUUGGCUUACAAGAAGGGGUUGGGUGUUCUGUCACCUCAAGAUUGCCUUGAAAAUACAGAUGAACAAACAGUGUUAUAGUAAAUUGUAAUUGAACAGAGCUGUAAUAUGUAACAGAAACAUGUUCAUUGUUAUUGAAUGCAAUGAAGGAAAAAUCCACAAUUAUUAAAAGACAAUUAUAGGAAGGUAGAGUCAAGAAGAACUUAAAAAAAGAUGUUGUGUUUGCUCUAUUCAUUGUUGUUCCUGAAUCCCAAGGCUUCUUGAUGGGACUGGAAAGUUGUCCCCACAUGAUUUUCUGUGUUGUGUUAGAGCAUUUGCAUAUCCAUGUUUGCCCUUUCUCCCUCUAGCAACUGAAAUGUACUGAAAAGUGUGCUGAGCCUGUUCCUUUAGAGAAGGACUGCCACCCCAUCUAGAAUAACUGCUUGUUAGAAUAAUGUCUGCAAUGCCUGAAAUGAUCAGAAAGCCUCCCUUAUGCUGUGAUGUGCUGAAGUGAUACAGUAUAAUGUUGUAAAUUGGUGUAACUCUGGGAUUAGAAAGAGAAAAAUAUUUUAGACAUAAAUAAAGAGAACACCCUGACUGCAUUAGUGGAGACAGAAUAUUUUGUAUAGUCGUUCUUUCUGGGAAGCCCUGUCAAGGUUUCCCAAAAUUCUGGGAGUUACUUACAUAGUGUGUCCUUUGUCUGAGGCAAUGUUAGGUGUGUACAGCUCCUGAGUGGGGUGAUGCGGCCAGGAGAGUGUUCAUUUACAUGCCAGUGCUGUCACCAUCGCCCUAUCCCUGUGAAGUUUUUCCUUUGGUAGAAUGCGGCUUGGUCAUUGUGGGCUGUGUAUCGCCUUUCAGCUGCCUUUUUUGUGCUUCUGGAAAGCAAGGGAUUUACGAGUACUGAGACCCUGUGUCCCAUGGCACUAGACCCUUUCUUUUCUGGAUUUUGGAUGCCGCUGUCUGAGAUAUGUUCUCUCUGUGCUUUGCUUUCUUGUCACUAUGACAAGACACUAUAAGACAACCUUUCCUUUUCAUUCAUACAUUGAAUAUCUGCACAUGCUUCUGUAGUGCUGCCUGCUGAAGCAGGGAGUUGCUCCCACCCAGCCAUUGCAACACAGGCAGUUACAGAUCAGUAGGAAAGGAGGUGAUUUGGACCCUUUGACAACAGCAGUCUCAUCUUCCUUAUCUAGCUCACAGCAGGGCCACAAAGUUCACAACAAAACCUUCCUUUGGCUUAAAGAAGGGCUUGGAUGUUCUGUUCACACUGGAUUGCCAUGGAAAUACGGCAGCACAAACAGUGUUAGAGUGGACUACAGAACUGAACAGAGCUGUAACAUGUAACAGAAACAUGUACCUUGUCAAUGAAUGCAUUGAAGGAAAAAUCCACAAAUAAUGAAACACAGUUAUCGGAAAGUGGAGUCAAGAAGUGUUGGGAAGGAUGCAAAUUUGAUAAGAAAGUCUCACAGAUAUGUGUGCUUGGCAGAAAGAGUUUUGAAUGUAGAUUCUGAAGAAUGAAGAGAAAUGAAAACAAGUUUUUAUAUAGAAGAAAAGAAGGAUUGCUGAGCCAGUCUUACUGGAUAACUAAGAAGGGAAAGGGUGUGUUAGUUAGAAUGGGGGUUUAUGGCUAAGAGCAAAGGAUAAACCCACCUCAAACUUAAGAUGUUUUUACCAAGCAGAAAAAUACCACAGGCAAACAGACAUGCCGAUGUCGCAAAUGGAAAAAAUGUCUCAGAAUUUUGCACAGCAAGAAAACUGAAAAACAAAUUGUAGCUUAAGCUGUGAGAGACUAACUUCAAGUGAUUGGAGAUUAGUAACAUGAAUAUGGUAAUUAUAGUAGUUAUGAUAGGCUACAGGUAAAAGUUAAGAUAUAGAUUGGUUCUUGUAUAAGGAUGCUCAGCAAAGAAAGUGAUGUAAUGCAUUGAAACCAAAAUUAAAGGGUCUUCAGACUUGUCUGCAGCUGGAGAUGACAGCAGUAGGCACAGGCCCUGAUGGCUAUGACCCUGGACUGUUGUAAAAUCUUGGAUAAAAUAAACUGCACUUUGAAGAGCUGCCUGGAGUCCUUCGUCUCCCAUUCAGGCUCUUACGAAGAAGAGCUUUUUAAAAAAGACAUUGAGAUUGCUCUUUUCAUUGCUUGUCCUGAAUCUCAAGAUUUCUUGAUGAGACUAGAAAGCUGUCCCUGCUUGAUUUUCUGUGUUUGUGCCAGAGAAUUUGCAUUCCCAUGUUUAUCCUUUUUCCUCUGAAAUGUACUGAGCAUUCUAUUGAGCCUGUUACUCUAGAAGACUGUCACACGCUCUAAAAUAACUGGCUGUUUGAAUAAUGUCUGCAGUGCAUGAAAUACUCCAAAAGCCGGCCUCACUCGGUGUUGUGCUGAAGUGAUACAGUAUACCAUUGCAAAUUGGUAUAAAUCUGGGAUUAGAAACAGAAAAAAAGGUGUUAAACUGGAAGAAAGAGAACACUCUGACUGCUUUAGUGGAUGAAGAACACUUUGAAGAGGCGUUCUUUGUGGGAAAGAACCUUCAAGAAUUUCCCCAAAAUCCUGCGUAGUAUUUCUCACUGUGUCUUUUGUCUGCAGCAAUGUUGGGUGCGUACAGUUCCUGAGUGGGGAGAUGCAGCCGAGAGACUGAUCAUUGGCAUGCCCGUGCUGUCACCAUCGCCCUGUCCCUGUGCGGUUUCUCCUCUCGUGGAAUGCGGCUUGGCCAUUGUGGGCUGAGCGUCGUCUUUGUGCUGCCCUGGUUGAGGCCGCGUUCCGUUGCC